AUGCCUGGCUUCCUCCAAUCUCUGCACUCUCUCCGCUUGAAAUGUGAAGCAUAUAUCGUUCGGAAAUAUGCGAACCGUGCGCAGAAGGGCGGAUACACUCCUGAGCUUCCAACUCAGAGGCAGCUUAUCGAAAUACCUUCGCGCGAUAUAGAUCGCAACAUUCGCAUCUGGGUCUAUCCCCACCUCGACUGGGACCGCUCACCGAGGAGGCCAGUCAUGGUCAACUGGCAUGGGAGUGGAUUCAUUGUUGGAGGAUUUGGUCUCGAUCACGUCUGGUGCACUGAAGUGACACAAGAGCUUGGCAUGUGGGUGAUCGAUGCCGACUACAGAAAGGCGCCGGAAAAUCCCUUCCCAGCCGCUGUCCACGAUGCUGAGGAUGUGCUGAGAUGGGUCGCCACCCGGCCAGACCUUUUUGAUUUGAGAUAUGUCGCCGUUUCGGGCUUCGGCUCUGGCGCAACCUUGGCCCUGGUGGCUGCUUCGACGCUGCGCCGGGCAGACCUUGGGCUCAACAUCAGGGUGCCAGUUGCCUUCUAUCCCAUCACCAACUUCGAGGUCGACCCUGCACAGAAGAGGCCCCUGCAACGGGAACGUCAUGUGCCUCUAUCUGUAAGCAUCAUACGCUUCUUCAAUAAGUGCUACGUGCCGAAUCGAGACGACCGGCUUGAUCCGCGAGUCUCCCCUGGUCUUGGCGACCUGGAAUCGUUUCCAGACCACGUAGUGAUCAUCACGGCGGAAUACGACAUCUUUGCACCCGAGGGGAUAGCUUUGGCCGAAAGCUUGCGCAACGGUCACCGAACAGUCAUCAGUCACAUGGUACGCGGGGCAAACCACGGUUUCGACAAAGACCGUCGCACAAACGAUUUCGAAAGACAGAGAGCCCAUGCAUACUUCGUAGCCAGAGACCAUUUGGAUAAUGCUCUCUGGGCCGUCUCUCUCGGACCUCCCCAGUUGGCUUUGGCUGGCGCCCCCGUAGAUGCUGAAAGGCUGAGGAAUCUUCUUACAUCGGGAUACCGAGAAGAUCCCAAUCGAAAUCGUACCCCGACUCCCACAGUGGGUUUAUAA